AUGCCCAUAUUAUCACUACUCCGACUAGCGCUAUUGCCGUUAUCAGUGUGUAUUGCAUGCACUACGAUAAUCGUGUCGAAAGGCGCUUCCAAAACCGGUGUACCGAUGGUAGCUCACACAGCUGAUUGUUCCGAGUGUGACACGCGCCUUGCUCUGAUCCCUCCUCGAGAUCAUCCGAGCGGCGCCGUCCAUGCAGUGUAUGGUAUCGGCCAUCUUUACCCUCGUACCUGGUCCGACCGUGCAGCGAUCUACAAUGACCCCAACCAUAUCGCUACCUCUAUCAAUGCCACUGUUCCUGAGGCGCCUUAUACGUACGGCUACUGGGAGUCGGAAUAUGGCAUGAUGAACGAGCAUGGCCUUGCAAUGGGGGAGUCCACGACUGAGGUGAGCGUGCCUGGGAGGCCAGGAGUAGACUUGCCGGACCCAGCCACUGGUGAAUACGGCCCAGCGGUGUUCUCUAUACGAGAGCUGACUAUGAUCGGUCUGGAGCGCUGUAAGACUGCGGUCUGUGCCAUCCAGAGCAUGGGCGCUAUGGCCGAGCAGUAUGGUUUCUACCCGGAGAACUGGCAGACUGGAGAGACCCUCACAUUGAUCGAUGCGACCGGUGAUGGAUGGGUAUUUCACAUAGCGCAAGACUCCACUGGUAAAUCGGCAGUAUGGGCAGCCCAGAGGGUCCCUGACGGUCACGUUGCCGCUAUUGCUAACCAGUUCACGAUCAAGGAGAUACCACAAACGGCUAAUGAAGACUUUAUGUUCUCUUCCAAUUUACGUUCGGAAGCAUUGACUAUGGGCUUAUGGGACGGCCAGGAGCCCUUCAGCUGGAUUCGUGUGUAUGGUACGGUAACUCUACAGCUGCCGAUGUACAGCAGUGUCCGGAUCUGGUCGGUGUUCCGUCAUGUGUUAUCAAGCGCUACACCUGAGUUCCACGAGAAUCCCUUCGACCUGCCUUUCUCCGUGCUGGCGGACCAUCUGCUUGGUCUGGAGGAGGUGAUGGAUAUCUUCCGCGACAAUUAUGAAGGCACUCAGUUCGACCUCACGAAGGGUAUUCUGGCUGGUCCUUUUCACAGCCCUUAUCGUCUCGAAGGAGGCCAAGGGGAAGUUGAGGUUCCUGGUCAGUUCGCUCGGGGGAUCUCCAUACCCAGAACGGCUUACACCAUGAUCGGCUACCCUGACCCCGAUAAUGCAGUUCUUUACUACAGUGAAGAUGCACCUGCGACCAGCGUGUUUGUCCCUUUUUUGUGCAAAACUCUGUCUGAGGCGAGAGGUAUGGAAUUGGAUGAGACCGCCAACUUGUAUGCAAAGCAGUUUCAAGUGGGUUACAAAGGCGACUUUUCAAAUGCGAAGGACUCGGCUUGGUGGGCAUUCGACUUUGUUGCUAACUGGAUGGCAAUAAACUAUGACAAUAUGUCGCGAGAAUUUGUCAAGCCGGCUAUCAACUACUGGCAACCUCAACUGUUAGAAGCUGCCCUGUCCAAGUCUACUACUACUUGCAAGGCAAUUCAAGAGGCUGUGGUGGAGUAUUGGUGGAAGCUUUCUGAUACGCUUGUCGUUCGCUACAAUGACGGUUUUUAUAACUUUCCCCCGAGCGAUCCAUCCACGGUUGGCCACAUAGGCUAUCCAGCUGAUUUCCUCGCAAUGAUUGGUUUCAACGACUACUUCUACACUCCACAGUAUGUUCAAGCUGCUAAAGAUGCCGUCACGGCUGGAGAGAUCGUCGCCGCAUAUUCUCCAAUUCAAGUCUGUCUCACUCUAUUAGUGGGAGGACUCGUUGGGUUAAUCGCAGGUUUGAACUUGGAAAAACUCAUUCGUCGUCGUCGCGUGUUGUCUUCUCCUAUUAACCCAGUUGCUACUAGAAACCCUUCAACCGUUCAGAAUGGUUAUUCUCCUCUUUUUGACCGUCUGUUGUAA